AAAACCAAGCAGUAAACACAUCACACGAGUUAUCCCAGAAGGUAUCAUAAAACAACAUCAAAGAAAUCAGUGAAGACAUGUAAUAACAGCUGGGAUGGACGAAACAAAAUCCAUUCGUACACUUUCAUUGCCAGUCCUAGAUUGGCUUGACUGUACUUUUACUGGAUGUACUCGACUGUCUCUUUAUACGGUCAGAACAGUUUUCUCUGAAAGUUGUCCUGUCGUGGGUGGUUAUUGCAUGCUGAAAUGUGUGAUAAACAUGCAGAAACCGAGACUCAUCAGACCAGGCAACAUUUUCCCAGUCUUCAACUGUCCAAUUUUGUUACAACACAAUAAUGCAGUGCUGGGAGGAGCUGUCCAACGCUGUGGUGCUGAAACGCAGUUACAACACACAUGACUCUGGGUGGCUGUCUCGCGCCGCACAUUUAUCAGCUCUUACAUAGAUUAACAUAAUUUAUUAGAAGGAAAUGCAAUAGUUUGCGUCAUCUGAAGUCCUUGCAGGAUUUGGCGUCACCUUUUUACAAUCACAGAAGUUAUCAGCCGUGAGACACAGCUGAGGCUGUAAUGAACCAUAGCUGUCGAUGAAUAGCCGUGAAGCAUUGUGAGAAGCGAUUAUGUGAAAGAAUGCGAAAGGGGUGGAGUUCUGCUCUUUUACUUUCCAAAUCUGUCCAGUACAGGAGAGACCGUUGUCUGGAGAGCCACACACUUCUACCCUUCUUUGAGUUUGUGAUAUACAACGAAUUGUCAAAUCAAAUUCCUCCUCCAGUUAUCUGUUUUUUUUCUCGUAAUAUUACUGAUUUGUAUUUUAGAGCGCAGAUCUGCGGUAUCCAGCGAUCCUCGAGUCUGUCACCCCGCUGCGGUCCUCGCGCGCACUCGCGCCUAUAGCUAAAGCCGUGAUUUUUCAAAAGCACUACCAGGACUGCCAAACUGUUUGAGGUGGACAGCUUCUUCUCGUCCCGUGCAAACAUGGAAGGGGACGUUAUGGAUAAACUGGAGGACAUGGCCUCAGUGUGCGAGUUCGACCCUAUCACGGGGAGUAUCCCAGCCACCAAAGUGGAGAUCACCGUUUCAUGCAGAAACCUGUUAGAUCGAGACACAUUCUCCAAAUCCGAUCCUUUGUGUAUCCUUUACACUCAGGGAGUGGAGUCGAAGCAAUGGCGCGAGUUUGGGAGAACUGAAGUCAUCGACAACACUUUGAACCCAGAUUUUGUGAGAAAGUACAUCCUGGACUAUUUCUUUGAGGAGAAGCAGACUCUUCGCUUUGACAUAUUUGAUAUUGACUCUAAAAGUCCAGAUCUGGCCAAACAUCCCUCCGAAUCCAACGACUUCCUGGGUCAGACUUUCUGCACUCUGGGUGAAAUAGUGGGUUCGCCAGGCAGUCGUCUGGAAAAGCCUUUGGGUGGUAUACCUGGGAAGAACUGUGGUAAAAUUAUUCUCACUGCGGAGGAACUAGGAAACUGUAGGGACUGUGCCACAAUGCAAUUCUGUGCACAUAAACUGGAUAAGAAAGACUUCUUUGGACGUUCUGAUCCGUUCAUGGUUUUCUACAGAAGUAAUGAAGAUGGAACGUUCACUAUCUGCCAUAAAACAGAGGUAGUAAAAAAUACGCUGAAUCCUGUGUGGCAACCAAUCACCAUUCCUGUCAGAGCACUGUGCAAUGGAGACUAUGAACGGUCGAUUAAAGUGGAGGUAUAUGACUGGGACAGAGAUGGCAGUCAUGAUUUCAUCGGCGAGUUCACUACCAGCUACAGAGAGCUUUCACGCGGUCAGAGUCAGUUCAAUGUAUAUGAGGUGGUGAACUCAAAAAAGAAACUAAAAAAGAGGAGAUACAUCAACUCGGGGACUGUGACAUUGCUUUCGUUCAGUGUGGAGGCUGAACACACAUUCCUGGACUACAUUAAAGCAGGCACACAGAUCCAUUUCACAGUGGCCAUUGAUUUCACUGCUUCUAAUGGGAACCCUUCACAGUCCACCUCUCUGCACUACAUGAACCCCUAUCAGAUGAACGCGUACGCCAUGGCGUUGAAGGCCGUUGGCGAGAUCAUUCAGGACUAUGAUAGCGAUAAGAUGUUUCCCGCAUUGGGCUUCGGAGCCAAACUUCCUCCUGAUGGCAGAGUUUCCCAUGAAUUUCCCCUGAAUGGCAAUGUAGAUAAUCCGUACUGCAAUGGGAUGGAGGGCAUCCUUGAGGCUUAUCACCAGAGUCUGAAGACCGUCCAGCUAUACGGACCCACCAAUUUUGCUCCUGUUAUCAACCAUGUAGCAAGGUAUGCCGCUGCUGUACAGGAUGGCUCUCAAUACUUUGUGCUCCUCAUCAUCACAGACGGUGUGAUAUCAGACAUGGCUCAUACCAAAGAAGCCAUUGUCAAUGCGGCUAUGCUACCCAUGUCCAUCAUUAUUGUUGGAGUUGGCCAGGCAGAGUUUGAUGCCAUGGUCGAAUUGGAUGGCGAUGACGUAAGAGUAUCGUCCAGGGGAAAGCUGGCGGAAAGGGACAUAGUACAGUUUGUACCAUUCAGAGACUACAUGGACCGGACGGGUAACCAUGUUUUGAGCAUGGCACGACUCGCCAAGGACGUCCUGGCUGAGAUCCCGGAUCAGUUAAUCUUAUACAUGAAAUCAAGGGGCAUCAAACCCAACCAGACACCACCGGACUACAGCCCACCUGUCCUUAGCCCAUCACCCACCAUAUGAGUUUAUCCUGUCUGCUCCAGACUGCAAAAUACAGGGAAAAACUGCUUAUGGUACCUUGAAUUUGGAUCUUUUACAAAGACAACACAACUAAUUUGGUACGAGUUUACCGGCUGAAGAGCGGAUGGUUUAAAUUCACAGUUUUUUUGGAAUUUGCACACUGAAGAAAUGAAAAACUUUAUAUAUCAGUGUUCUGGCAUUUUGACAGAGAAAUAUGAUGUCAAUGGGUGUUUUUCUCAAAAUUUGCCAACAUUAUAAAGAGAUUUAUACUUGUUAAUUUUA